GAUACAUUUUUGUCUUCUGCUGCUGUUGGUCUUCAGUUGUACCUUUAAAUCGUAUGAAAUUGUUCUUUUUCGAACUCGGGUCAGUGAGUUGGAACCUUUUAACAGUUAGAAUACCCGAUAUGUGAGGAAACAAGCGUAUUGAAUUAGUGUAUAACUUUGCACUUUCCUUGUCGAAUGGUAGCUGCAACUUACUUGACCAUUGGAUGAUGUCGUUUAAGUCAUGUUGGAGUAGCUUAGCAUCCUCUUCAUUGUCUACAACUUACUCUGUACAAUUUUGUGUCGUCGGCAAAUAGCUUCGCUGUAGGAUUCUGGGCAAUAGAUGCAAAAACGUAUGCUGUAAAAGAAGUGCGACACAGACACUGACGCUGCUGGUGAAGAGAAAAAAAUCAUGGAAGGUGACGACUUGGAAUUUACAACACAAAAGAGGGACGCCAAAAAAGGGCGCCGUGCAAGGGCAGACAAACUUGAAUCAUCCGCAAACAACCAGCCGAAUGGAGACAUUGGUGGAGAUGAAACACCAGAGGGCGCUAUUCCAAUGUCAGAGAGAAAUGGCAGUCCUCGAGGUCCUCCAAACAGACCCAAAAGGAGACAAGGAGGAUGGGCUGACGAUGCACCUAAAGUGGAUAAAAAUGUGUCGGAGAGUGUAAGUGAUCUGCAGAAAUUCUCGGAAGAGCGAUCUCGACCCGAAAGCCCCAAAAGGAGAGAUGACUCUGAUGAUGAUAUUCCAGUUAUUCCAGACUUGGAUGACGUGCAAGAAGAAGACAUGGCAGCCCAAAUUGCAGCGCCCCCUAGUGUUCAAGUCAAUCGUGUUGCGACAUACCGUGAGCUUGAUAAUGACCUACUGAAGCACUCUCAGCUACUUACACUGGAUAAUGACAUUGAUCUGAAGUUGUUAACCAAAGUCUUAUCAGCAGAGCAGGAAGUGAUUGAAGAAGACAUACCCUGGGACUGGGACCUCCUCUUCACUGAGGUAUCAUCUGAACUCCAGACUGAGUGGGAUAAACAGAGUGCUGACAACGAGGAAAAAGGCAAAGCUUAAUAAACUCUCACAUUAAUGGUAGGGGUACAGAAGGCGUGGCAGCCCCCCUCUCUCAACAACUGACUAGUACCCUCUCAUUACUGAGGUAGAACUCCAGAUUGAGUUGGAUAAACAGAGUGCUGAACAACGUGUGGAAAAAGGCAAAGCUUAACCUAGCCCUGGUGACCUUACAUUUUCGUAUUAAUUAUACUACAGUGACGUCCUGGAUAUCAGGGUCCAUUUCUAGGGCGGAAAACUUUCAAAGCUUCAUAACUAAAAUCUUACCUGCAAGAAGCCACUAAUUUCAAGAGAUUCACAUUUCAUGGCAGCAUACAUUUUUCUGUUGUUGGUUUUGGUCGUCAUUAAUUUCUCACAAAUCCCAACGUUAAGAAGUUUUCGUUUAAAGGGUCUAUGUACUUUUUGUAGGACAAAAAACACAGUGUCCACAGAAUUACACUUAACUUACACAGU